GAUGGGAAGGAGGAAGCAUGGUAAAGGCAGCGUCUUUCCAGGAUCCAUGGGCUCUUUGAGAGAUGAUCAGAGGGAGGCCAGAUGAUCUGCACAACACGCACGCCACUGGUUCUCGUCCACAAAGGCAGCAUCGGAGCGUUCUCCCCAGCCCUGCACCCCCCAGCUUGCCCGAUCGUUUCCGGAUGUUUCGCAGCUGCGAGUGGGAGGUCCUGGAGCGAUCCCUUAACAUCCUCCAGGCCAGCGACUUCUACUGGGGCCCCUUGUCCGUGGGGGAGGCUCACGCCAAGCUCCAGCAGGAGCCCGUCGGCACCUACUUGGUGCGGGACAGCUCGCAGGGGAACUGCUUGUUCAGCCUGAGCGUGCGGAUGCCAACAGGACCCGUCAGUCUUCGGAUCUCUUUCCAGGAGGGCUAUUUCCGCCUGAAGAACUGGUUUUCGGACUGUGUGGUCCGACUGCUGGAACUGGUGGUGGCGGGGACCCGGAACAACCCCUUGCACUUUGAUGAGAUGGGGGGAACCCCCCUGGUCUUCUCUGAGCCCCUGUGCCGGAGCCGUCGGGCAGUGCCCACGCUGCGAGAACUGUGCCGCCGGAGCCUGGCCGCUGGUGCUGCAACGGGGGACGCAGCGGCGCUGGGCGGCUCCUGGGGGAUGCGCCCGAGGGAGGAGGUGGUCUCAUGCCCAGGCGAAAGGGGAGGGUUGGAGGGGAGUAUUGUCCCCAGUUCUUCUCCGUCCUGGGAUGGAAGAUGA